UUUUUUUUCACAGAUCUUUCAAAAUGUUGUCCUAUCAGCGCAUGACUGGGAAGCAGCGCAAGUUGUACCGCCAAGUCAAGAAUGAGGAGAUAACGAUCGACAAGGUUGCGGACAAGCUUGACGUUGCUGAAGCGCAAGUGAUAGCAGCAGCACUCAAAGUGCACGCGACGAUCGAGGACGUCCAGUUGGAUCAGAAUCAGAUUGGCGAUACUGGAUUGCAAGCGAUUGCUGAGGCUCUCACAGUGAACACGACGGUGACCCACCUCGGGUUGCAGCUCAAUCAGAUUGGGGAUGCUGGAGCGCAGGCGCUUGCUGAAGCACUCAAAGUGAGCAAGACCCUGAUUUGGCUCGAUCUGAACAAGAAUCAGAUUGGCGAUGUUGGAGCAGGGGCGAUUGCUGAGGCACUCAAAGUCAACACGACGACGCUGACUGAGCUCUUUUUGGGCUGGAAUCAGAUUGGUGAUGCUGGAGCGCAGGCGAUUGCUGAAGCACUCAGAGUGACCACGACGCUGACUUUUCUCGAUCUGAGGAGGAAUCAGAUUGGCGAUGCUGGAGCGCAGGCGAUUGCUGAAGCACUCAAAGUCAACACGACGACGCUGACUGAGCUCUUUAUGAGUGCGAAUCAGAUUGGUGAUACUGGAGCGCAGGCAAUUGCUGAGGCACUCAAGAUUGGCGAUGUUGGAGCGCAGGCCUUUGCUAAGGUAGCUCAAGUCAGGCCCAUGAUGACUUGCAUCGAUCUCCAAGGCAAUUACAUCGGUGAUGCUGGUACUCGAGCGAUUGAAGAAGCACGCUUUGCCAACGAGAGCAGUGCGAUUGACUUUGACAACCAGAUAAGCCCUCUCGCAUUCUCUUUACAACCUCGAUCAUCAACCACGACAGACAUUCAAACUGUGUUUCACCUGCUGACUCGCGGACCAUUUCUACCAGCACUACCCGCCGAGAUUGCCGACCGCGUCUUGGACGAGGCAUGUUACUGGCAAGGCGUGCGGUACAUCAAACGACCGAGCCAUGAUGGCCAGGCUCUGGAAGUCAGAGUGCCUUGGAGCAUCGAUGGAAAUUCGAUCCAAGUGAAAGCAAUCCAAGCGCUUCGCUACAGGAGCAAUCGUACCGACACUGACAACAUCGUGUUCGAUUUGAUCGUUCGAGAUGAGCAUUGUGCCGUUCGGUACAAAUGUGCUGCGAAGCCGACUUUUGUCGAGUCGACUGUCGAAUGCGCGACGAUCGAGCGAGCGAGUCAUGGCAUCCUUCGAGAAAUGCGCGAGGGUUGGACAGUCCAGCUCAUGCCUGGCGCUCAACCAGGCGUGGUGAUUGAAUCUCUUUAUAUCGGAUUUGUCUAA